AACAAUGCCGCGGGUGGGCGGGACGGCAACAACGGCCGACGGGUGUCUUCGGUGACCGCCGGGGCGGGUGCGCGGAGCGGGGUGGCGAGAACGAGAAGAAAGGAAUGGAAAAAAAAAAAUAAAAUAACCGGAGGAAUGAGCGAGCGAGUGAGAGGAGAGUAUGUAUCGCGUGUACGCGGGCAUUCGUGCGCGUGAGACCGAACGGCUAGCGGAACGUAUUCCAGUGUCGACCGGGACUCCCACAUUAUCUUCGUUAAUUAGUGAUAACGGUUCUUGUGUUUUCGUAUUGGCCGUUUUGUUUACACGGUUGUUCAGAUAAUAAUUGAACCGACGUUGCGUUCAUAACAGUAUUUUCGUUUGUUCGGUUUUCGAAUUGUUGUUGUUUUUUUUAUUUAUAUACAUAUUUUUUUUUCCACCCCGAUCGUUUACAGCCGCCGACGACGACGCAUGCGAUGCUGCACUGCGGCAACCGACGCCGACGACGACGACCGUUCGAAAUCUUCGGCUAGGACGCGCGUAUCGAUCUUCUGCCGCCGUCCGUUUCACGUUUCACCCGCGUUUCCCCGUCGUUUUCGUCCGGUCGUCGACGACGACGGUAACGGCGGCAUGCGCUGCGAGUGUUCCUCCUACGCACGUAGACGUCUCGGCAACCGUUCGACAGACGACCGCCGUCCAUUCAUCGCCGUCGUCAUGUGAUGCCCUGUUGGUCACCGGUGUGCGAUCCCGCGUUUGACCCAAUCAUGUCCGUCACAUAUUUGUGGCUGUCGCUGUUGCUGUUCCAUGGAACCGUGCACAGCGAACCGAUGAAAAAACGUCCGAAAAAAUGCGAGUGUCUCGGUGGUUAUGUCGACUGCAGCAAAAGAUUACUGUCUGGAUUUCCUGAGUCUCUACCUAUAUGGACCGAAGUCUUAGAUUUGAGCUCAAAUAAAAUAAGAACUUUGGAAAUUGAUAUUGGCAGCUACUUAAAUCUAACAACAUUGAAACUAUAUAAAAAUGGUAUUAUGUCAUUCCCAUUGUUUACGAGUAAAGCAAGUAUCAAUAAUCUGAAUUUAGCACAUAAUAAAAUAGAUACAUUGGACCGUAUUUCUCUAGAGAAUUUACCUCGUUUGAUAUCUCUAAAUUUGAACAAUAAUAAAUUAGCAUUUUUGGAAGAUAAUACAUUUCCAUAUUCUAAUCAUUUGCGAAUAUUAAAUAUGAAUAAGAAUUUAAUUUCAAGUUUAAGUGAAAACUGUUUUGAUACAUUAACAAAUUUAAUAGAUUUAAAAAUGUCUCAUAAUAGACUAAGCAAUUUACCUAUUGGUUUAUUCAAAAAACUGACAAAUCUUGAAUUACUAGAUCUAAGUAAAAAUAACUUGACUGUUAUUGAAGGAUUAUUAUUUAAGGGUUUAGUAAGUUUAAAAACAUUAAUAUUACGACAAAACAAUAUUGAAGAUUUACUAGAUGGAUCAUUUUAUGGGUUAACAAAGUUACAAUCAUUACAUUUGGAAUAUAAUAGCAUAAGCAAAAUAUCGAAGGGUUGGUUGUAUGGGUUGAACUCACUUGAGCACUUAAAUAUAAGCUAUAACAGAAUUGAUCAAAUAAAAGGUGGAUGGGAAUCUUGUGAAAACCUUGAUGAAUUGGAUCUAUCUUAUAAUAAUUUGCAAUUAAUUGAAAAAAAUGAUCUAGAACAUUUAAGAAAGUUACAAAAAUUACACUUGAAUAACAAUAGAUUAUCAUUUAUCGAAGAAGGAUCAUUUAACAAUACACCACUGUUACAAAUACUACAAAUGGAUGACAACUCUUUGGCAUGGUUAAUUGAAGAUGCAAGAGAACCUUUUAAUGGACUUAAAAAUUUAAAACUAUUGAGUUUAAUGAACAAUAAAAUAUCUUUCAUAAAAAAAGAAGCUUUCUUAGGUUUAGACAAUCUGAAAGAAUUGAAUUUACUUCAAAAUAAUGUUUUAGAAAUCCAAGAAGAAGCAUUCAAAUGUAUGCCUGAACUUGUUAAUUUGUAUUUAAAUAGUUCAUCAUUAGUAUGUGACUGUUCACUGUCAUGGCUUAAAGAACCAGAAAAUUUUUUGAAUUUACCAUUCGAUAGAAUUAAUACAUUUUGUGGUUUUCCUGAAAAAAAUAGAGGAAAAAGUUUAGAAGAUGUACCUAUAGAGGACUUUUCUUGUUAUGAAAACAGUCCAAAACCUAUUAUUAUAAUCCAUCCAGAAUCAAAAAUGGUUCUUGAAAGUCAAAACAUUACAUUAAAAUGUGGUGUUAAUUCAACAUCACCAGAAAAAAUUAAUUUUGUUUGGAAAAAAGAUAAUCAUGAUUUAGAAUUGAUUUCUACAAAUCAUUAUUCAUCUUUUGAGCUUAAUGGUGUAUCACAGUACUCCACUUUGAACUUGUUUAAUAUAACAAUGUCUCAAAGUGGCAAGUAUCAAUGUGUUGCUUCUAACGAAUUUGGUAUCACAUAUUCAAAUCGUUCAAUAUUAUCUGUUGUUGCAUUUCCUGUUUUUGCCAAAAUACCUGGAAACAGUUCAGUAAAAACUGGAUUUACUGCUAGGCUAGAAUGUGCUGCAAAUGGAUAUCCACCUCCACAAAUAUCUUGGCAAAAAGAUGGUGGUAGUGAUUUUCCAGCAGCUCAAGAACGACGUAUGCAAGUUAUGUCCAAGGAUGAUGUAUUUUUAAUUGUUAAUGUAAAAUUAGUUGAUAUGGGUGUAUAUAGUUGUACAGCGAAAAAUAUUGCUGGAAUGAUUGCUGCGAAUGCAACUCUUACUGUUACAGAACCACCAGGGUUUGAAAGUAUAAUGUCAAACAAACAAGUUAAAGUAGGCGAAGAAGUGGUUCUAGAAUGUUUAAAUUAUGGAUCUCCAAAACCUAAAAUAAAAUGGACAAAAAAUGGCAUUCCUCUUGCAUCUAGCAACAGACAUUAUUUUACUGCUGAAGAUCAAAUUUUAGUUAUAAUGGAAACAAAAGCUGAUGAUUCAGGCACUUAUAAAUGUGAAAUUGCUAAUCCUUUAGGAAUAAAAGUACAAGAAGUUGAAGUUCUAAUUUUACCAUUGUACCGAAGUUUAAUUCACGAUUAUGCUAUUGGGCUGACAGUUAUUGCUAUUAUUUUAUGUAUUGUUAUAACAUCUGGAAUUUGGAUAUCAUUUAUUUGUAAAUCAAAAAACCCUACAUCGAAUUUAAUAAAUAGUGCUGACAAUAAAUCAUUAAAUUCUUCAAAUAGUAAAGACAGUGGCACUGGAGAAUCUCCAAAAAGAAGCCAAGAACAAUUGUACAAUGAUUGUUUGAAUAUAUCUCAACCAACAGUAAAUGUGUCACCUGAUCCAAAUUUACCAUUACUUUCACAUGGUUCUGUUGUUUUGGGCAAGAAUUCUGUUGUUUACAAAAAUGCAAACAUUGGGUCCUUGCCUGUUCAGUUACCAGCAGAAAAACUAAGUGAAAAUAUUGAAGGUUGUGAUGAAGUUAUAUGUGAUAAAGAUUCCGUUCAAUAAUGUUGUGUCCCACAUCUAAUUAUCUAACAAAUGUGCCUUUUUGUUUUCUAUUAUUCGUUUAACAUUUAAAUUUUAAUAAGUUUUUAUGUGCCAACUGGGAAACUUUCUUCUGUUCGAGUUCUCAUAAUUUGCUUAAAUUUUCCGCUUUAAUAUUGUUAUAAGCAUAUUUGUAUUUUUUUUUUUUUUUUUUUUUUACUACUUGUUUCCAACUUAAUCCUACUUAAAUUUGAUUGAAAUAUCAAAAUGUUCCUGUCUUUACGUUUGUUUUUUUAUCAUUAUUUGAAUAGAUUU